AUGGACGAGGUCUCUGAAAACACCUACACAAUGAAGAUGAGAGGAGUCCAAACACAGAGCAGUUCUGAGAGGCAGCGAGGGAGAGAGAAAGAGAGAAAUAAUACCUCUCUAAUUGCCCAACACAGGCGGCAGAACUCCGACACACACACCCUGUCUGACCUGGGUGGAAAGGCUCAGAUCAUCGGCCCAGAGGAAGAGGAUGAAGAAGACGACGGCUAUGCAUUUAAUGAGAUGGACGGUCCGUUUCAGGACAUCGAGCUGCUCAAGUCACGACCUGCACACAUGACUGUGUUCAUGAGAUACAUCUUCACGCAGCUUCUGGACCCCAACCCUCUGCUGUUUUACCUGUCGGUGGAGGCCUACCUGGGCUCCAGUCCUAAAGACGCACGCACACUCGCACCUCAGAUCUGCUCCCACUUCCUGGACCCCGAUGCUCCCCUGAAAAUCAAAGUGCGAGAGGAGUAUCUCACAGAUAUCGAGAGUCGACUUCACGCUCAGGAGGACAUCAGAGGACCUCUGUCCGAGCUGCAGCAGCAAGUACUGCCUGACAUCCAGGACCAGAUCCAGGACUACAGGAACAAACAGAUGAUGGGCCUCGGCUCUCUGUUUGGAGAGGGAGACCUGCAGCACCUGGACGGGGACCCGUUGAAAGAGAGGCAGGUGGUGGACAGACAGGUCACCGCCCUCUGGGAAAUACUAUCAAAGCACGAAGAGGACAGGAGUUCUCCUCUGGCGUCGGCCGUGCUCCUCUACCUGCGGCACUCGGGCAUCAAGCUGAGAGACUCCAAGGUGUUCCCCGGUCUGAGCACGGAGAAGGAGAAAUGGCUCGCUUUCUUAAAGACCAAAAAGCUGAGUGGUAUCAAGAAGGAUAAAGAUGGAGAGGACAAAAAGAGAAACCCUAUCCUGAAGUACAUCGGCAAACCCAGGACCACAUCCCAGUCGACAUUCCAUGUCCCCUUGUCUCCCACCGAAGGUACACGUUUGUUCACUUUCACUUUCACUUUAAGAGAGCUUCCUCCUCAUGUUAUACUCACUGACCCUUUUCUCCUGACAGUCUCAUGUGCAUCCUUUCAUAUCAUACGGUACUAUUAA